GGUUCACCUGUCUGUCCCCCCGCCGGCUGAGAGUGAUUGGCGCAAUUGCCCCGAAAGCCAGCCAAUUGGCUCACAUAAAUUAAACGCGGUAAUUAGGCUUAGAGUCGGGGACGGGGGCGAUGUGUGUUCAGGGCCCCCGAGUGUAAAAUUAAUAACAAUUUGCCAAAAAGUAGCGCCAAAAAUAAUCACACAAUUUGUGGCGCUCACUGGAGAGGCAGCUCCUGUGGCUCGUAGCCCGUGGCUGCCCCAAAGAGUCGUCCUGCCACAUCCCAAGUUGGCAACACAAUUCAAUUUGGAGGCAGGCAGCGUCAACUUUGGUAAUUUCAAUAAAUAUUCAUCAUGCAGCUCCGUGAGCAGCGAUGCUGGCAAAAUUCAUUCUCCAAACUUCUUGCGCGGAAAAAAAGAAAAGAAAACAAAAAAAAUUUCACGGGAGAGACGUCGAACCGCGAGUUCUUGACACCGAAAUGUUGGAUGCUCUUUCUUGGAGUUUGCUCUAAGAAGUUGGCAGAUUUUGGGAGAUUUUUACAUAGUUUCUGGGUAGAUCUUUCGUUGGAUUUUCAAUCUUCAGUUUCCCUUUAAGCCACUGCUCCUUCCCGUUUCACUUUUCCCUUCUUGAAGAAAUCAUAAACAAGUCGCUGCCAACGCCCGCCCCCACAAUUGUGGCAACUGAUACAAAAGUUGACACAAGUCGGGCCACAUCCCUGCCCCAUCGAUGGUGCAUGGGGCAGGGGCGCAUAUUUGCUGCUUGAGUUGAACUCAAUUUAAUGGAAAAAUACGCCGAGCAAAUAAAAGUUGUUCGCUGUUGUUUCUUUUUGGCUGUUUCCGGGGAAAAUUUAUGAGCUGAUGAUAGUAUUCAAAAUAUCUGCCACACUCCAAGCUGAAGGUGGAAGUUCUGUGGCAGUGGCAGGAGUUACGCAGCUGGCCUUCAGUUCGCUCAGAGAUGGGGCAGUGGCACACAAAGAGGCGGAGUGGCGGAGAGCGCAAGGGAGGUUGUUGGUUGGUUUCCGCGCAGUCAUUUGUCGACCCAUUGAACCAGUUUUUGGGGGGCUGUCUCUAUGCGAACAUGUCGAAGCGGCUUAGGCCUAAGUCAAUCUGUCACACACACACAACACACACAGAGGGAGACACACACAGAGGGCCAACUCGCUGGCCGUGAAAUUUGGCAAUAGGUUCGAAGGCUUUUGUCAUGUUUGCUGUGGCUAUAAAAACUGCCAAAUCGCAGCAGUUGGACAUCAGUAGCAAGUUUCAGCUCUAUUCCAACAUCACUCCAAGUUUUCAGUUUCCAAACUCCCAAACUCCUUCAGCCAUGGCAUUCAAGUACGUUCUGUUGUCCUUCUGCGCUUUGUUGGGUGCAUCCAGCGCCGGUUUCGUGGCUCCAGCCACCACCUACGCCGCCGUCCCGGUGGUGACGAAGCUGGCACAGCCCCACUUUGAUGCCGUGGGCACCACGCAGCAGAAUGUGGUGCGCUCCUUCGGCGGCACUGUCUCCACGUCCUCCAAGAAUGUGGUCACACCGUACUCGAGCUUCAGCAAGUCGGACUCCCGCACCACCAACAAUGUCUACACCCCCAAGACGCUGUACUCUGCCGCUCCCGUGAUUACCAAGUCUGUGUAUGCCGCUGCUCCAGCUCCAGUUUAUGCCGCUCAGGCGCCAGUCUAUGCCAAGACGCUGUACUCUGCUCCCGCUCCAGUGCUGGCCAAGACUGUGUACUCCGCUCCAGCUCCAGUUUAUGGCAAGACUGUCUACUCCGCUCCUGCCCCAGUGCUUGCCAAGACUGUGUACUCCGCUCCUGCUCCCGUGUACGCUGCUGCUCCCGUCGUGACCAAGUCUGUCUAUGCUGCUCCCGCUCAUGUGUACUCUGCUCCAGCUCCAGUCUACGCUGCCGCUGCACCCACUGCCUUCGUGAAGUACUCGCCCGCUGCUGUCGUGUCCCACGCCAGCUUCGAUGGCUUCGGCGCCCACUGGGGCUACUAA